AUGCCGACGUCCAAUCAGUGCUGGCCAGAGGAGUUUGGCUUCCAGCUGGGAGGAAGUGGUCCCAGCUACAUCCUGUCUGUGAUUGAGGGCAGCAGUGCCUACCUGGCGGGGCUGCAGCCAGGUGACCAGGUGCUGGAGAUCGAGGGCCAGAAUGUGUCCACUUUGGGAUUCCAGGCUGUCAUCGCCAUCGCUCAGACCCAGAGGAACAUCCCUCCCAGCAUCGGAGUUGUGUCUCGCAUCCAGCAGAUGGACAUCACCCCGGGUCCUGACGGUCGUUUUGGCUUCACCAUCGUGGGAGACUGCCCCCUCCUGGUGGAGGAUUGUUCCCCCUGCUCUCCGGCAGGACGAGGUGGCCUGCGGGCCGGCGACUACGUCAUGGAGGUCAACAGGAUCCCGGUGAGGCACCACGAGAUGGCGGCGGCGCUGAUCAAGGCGUCCCAGGGGCGUACGCUGAGGCUAGGGGUGCUGUGUCUGGGGCCCAGACGGAAAAUACGCAGCAGUGAGAGUAUGGAUGAGAUACAGCUUGAGGGAGACGGGAUGAGGACGGACCGCAAACACAAGGCCCUGGAGUUCAACAGGAAGAUUGACCAGAUUUUGGGGGAGGAGCCUGAGGUGAAGGAGAAGCUGUUUGCGGUGCUGAAGCAGUAUGCUGCAGAGAAGAAGGUUGAUUGGCUGGCCUCUGUCCUCCCAGACAUCCUCACCACUGACGAGCAGCAGACGCUCAUUGGCCACAUCAGGAUCUUCAUCCCCAAGAAGCACCGGCAGCGGUUUGACGAGGCCGUUUCCCAGAGCCUGAUCCAGAGGAUCUGUCGCAGUAAGAGCAUCAGCGAGCCGGGCCCACAGGGCCGUCUGAGACGUAGCCGCAGCGAGGACCACCCCGACCGCCACUACGGCUCCAAACGGGCCAGCUCAGUACCCCGGGACCCCGGGGAGGACGGAGGGGGAAAGGAGAGAGGAGAGAGGGGGCACAGGAAGACAGUAAGGGUUUACAGAGGGAAGAAGAGUUUUGGGUUCACCCUGAGGGGGCAUGCCCCUGUCUGUAUCGACUCUGUCAUCCCAGGUAACCCUGCUGAAGACUGUGGUCUCAAACCAGGCGACCGCAUCCUUUUCCUCAAUGGGCUGGACAUGAGGAACUGUUCCCAUGAGAAGGUGGUGUCCAUGCUGCAGGGCAGUGGUGCCAUGCCAACCCUGGUGGUGGAAAGCGGCCCCUCUGGUUACUCCCUCCCUGACCAGGGGGACCAGGAGGACACUUCCCCAAGCGUGGCCCCUUCAGUGGCCCCAAGGUCCCGCUCCCCGGUACCCCUCAGCUCCCUACAGUGGGUGGCUGAGAUCCUCCCCCCCAGCAUCAGGGUCCACGGACGUACCUUUAGCCAGCAGCUGGAUCACCUGCUCACCGUACAGGAGAGAUACACCAUUUGCAAGGCCCUGGAGACCUUCUUCCAACACAGGAACGUGGACACCCUGAUUGUUGAUGUGUUCCCGGUGUUGGACACUCCAGCCAAGCAGGUGAUCUGGCAGUUCAUCUACCAGCUGCUGACCUACGAGGAGCAGGAACACUGUCAGAGCAAGAUCUCACGCUUCCUGGGCUUCAAGACCGCAGCAGCAGAGCCUGAGCCAGAGCCAGGUGCAGGACAGGAGCACCACAGGAGGAGCAGCUCAGUGCGUGUGUCAGGUACCUCCUACAGAGGCAACGUACGGGAGAGGAGCUCUGACGACUGCAUCAUCGGAACACACCUGGGAAUGGGGAUACAUGUGGAUGCACCAGGGAGUGGGACACCUGGAGAGAGACAGUGUGGAGACGGCACCUCCUUCCCAGAGUCCCCUGACCUGAAUCACAUGUCAGGAGUGUACACAGAGCUGGAAAGUCUGUACACAGGGAAGAAUGCCAUGAAGGCCAUGCAACAGAGUCACAGUCGUUGCUCUCCACUGACCCUACCAGACUUUGAGGAGCUGGGACAGACUGACGCCUAUGGCCAGUCUCCUGCUCGCUCCUCCCUCAGUCAAGGUAGCACAGGUAACACCGACUCACACACACACACCCACACCGUUGACAUGGGAACCACUUCGUUUCUUCUCCCCCCCACAGGGAACCGUAAAUCAGGUCUGUCUCUGACAUGGAAGGAGCCUCUGCCCGACCCUCUGUAUGAGUUCUAUCAUGAGGGAACCACCCCGUCUCCUGGCAGCGUUGACUCCAACCCUUACGUGAGCCUGGAGAGCCCCCCUCCGUCUCCCCAGCACUCUGACGACCCCACCAGCCCCCUGUCCAGACGCAGGAAGCUCUUCACCUUCUCCAGACCCCCCCGGAGCAGGGACACGGACAAGUUCCUGGACGCUCUGAGCGAACAGCUGGGACACCGUGUCACUCUGGUGGAUAACUUCCUCCCUGGAGAGAACGAUUAUGAGGAGAUGAGUUUCCAGGAUGAGCAGGAGGUGAGUUACCUCCCCCGUCAGCUGAGCAGUGCCAGCAGUGAGGACAUCAGCAGCAACGAUGACGCCACCUCCCUCACCUACUCCUCCGGGUCAGAACACAUCCCCCCCCCGCCCCCCCAGAGCGCCCACCGCCCCCGCCCUUCCCCACCCCCUACCCCGCCACCCUUCGGCUUCUCCGACCCCCUCCCCAUUACCUCGGUCCUCUCUCACUUUUCCCCCGAACACAUCCCCCGGGCGCGCAUGUCCUUCCAGCCGCAGCACCCAAUCACCCCUCCCCCCGCCCCCUCACGGACCUUCGCGUACAACAGGCCGACCCUACCACAAGGUGCUGCGACCAGGGAUGAACUACAGGGCCGUUUCCACCACCAAGCACCCCGGAUGACUCUCCCCCUGGCCCUUGCUACUCUCCCCAGCCCUCUCGCCCCAGGAACCUGCCCGCCCAGGCCACCCUCCCUCAGCCCAACAGGCAAAAGCCAGCUCGCCCUCCAGAGGCACCACCAGCUUCACCACCAGCCCUACCAGCCCCUGCUGAGCCACCAGCCCUACCAGCCCCAGCUGAGUCACAGCUGCCCCCCCAGCCCCCACACCUGUCCCAGCCCCAGAGUCACCCUCCCCAGCCUCUUCACCUGUCCCAGCCCAGAGCCCCUCACCUGUCCAGCCCCAGAGUCACCUUCCCCAGCCCCUCACUCAAAGACCUACGAGACCCCUAUCUCAGUGUCAGAGCUCCAGAAACACAAGGUGCCCCCACCGCCCCCUCCACCACUGCCGCCCCCGUGCGACCCGCCUCCACUGCCCAAUUCCAGUCCCUGUGCUGGGGACACCAACCACAUGAGUGUCAAGAGGCUACGCUGGGAGCAGGUAGAGAACUCUGAGGGGACCAUCUGGGGACAGCUUGGAGAGGACCCUGACUAUGACAAACUGAGUGACAUGGUGAAGUACCUCGAUCUAGAGCUGCACUUUGGUACCCAACAGAGUUCCAAGCCAGCCUUCCUGCCCGAGAGCUUCAAAAAGAAAGACGUGGUGGAGAUUCUGUCUUAUAAGAAGGCCUACAACGCCUCCAUCCUGAUCGCCCACCUGAAGCUGUCUCCAGGUGAGCUGCGUAAGGUGCUGAUGACAAUGACCACAGACAGGCUAGAGCCGGCCCACAUCAAGCAGCUGCUGCUCUACGCCCCCGAUGACCAGGAGGUCAAACAGUAUCAACGCUUCGACCAGGACUCCGCCAAACUCAGCGACCCUGACCAGUUUGUCCUGCAGAUGCUGAUGGUCCCUGAGUAUAAGACUCGUCUGCGGAGCCUCCAUUUUAAGACGACCCUGCAGGAGAAGACAGAGGAGAUGAAGGCUGGAUACGAAUGUAUCUACAAGGCCUCAGUGGAACUCAGGAGCAGCAAGAAACUGGCUAAGAUCCUCGAGUUUGUGCUGGCAAUGGGGAAUUACCUGAAUAAUGGUCAACCCAAGACAAACAAAACCACUGGCUUUAAGAUCAACUUUCUCACUGAGCUCAGCACCACUAAAACAGUGGAUGGUAAAUCCACCUUCCUCCACAUUCUUGCCAAAUCGCUAUGCCAACACUUCCCAGAACUGCUGAACUUUGCCAGGGACCUCACAACCGUACCACUCGCAGCCAAAGUGAAUCAGCGAAUCCUGACAGCUGAGCUGGGUGACCUCCACUCCACCAUCCAGGACAUCAGGACAGCGUGUCAGAUGAUCCCUGCCACGGCUGAGGAUCACUUCGCUGCCGUCAUGAGUGGCUUCCUGGAGAACAGUCACCCAGCGGUUCAGUCUCUGGACUCUCUGCAGCUGAGAGCCAUGGAUGAGUUCACUAAGGUGGCCUCUUACUUCGGAGAGGACAGCAAAGCCACCUCCACUGAGGCCUUCUUUGCCAUUUUCGCUGAGUUUACUUCCAAGUUUGAGAGAGCACUGAAUGAGACCCAGGCUACAGAGAACCCCUGUAUCCCCAGAGUGGCCUCUCCCCUGGCCUGGUAGAGACGAGAGACUGGAUAACUCCUCUGCUCUCCUCAACCAAAGUGCCAAGACAACACGAAGAAACAGUCACAGCUACUGGGACACAAACAACAUGAUCUUCAACACUGCGGAAGGACCUAUGGCCAGGAGUUCUUCCUGACCAUGUCAUCUGACCAGAAAGAACUCUGAGCCCUAGGGUCCACAGUUGUCCCUGGUAAGAUCAAGUGGUACAAGAAAUUAGUAAUGAAGAUGAAUAUGUUUAGAUAAGAGUAUAUAUUUGAUAUUGGAUUAUAUGAAAUUGAAAUUAUAUUGAAAUUGUAAAGCAUAGAUGUAUAUGGAAAUUACAUUUUAGAUGGCUGAUAGUCAAACGUAUAUGAAUGUUAUCUAGAGCUGAGCACUAUUUUUACAGAUGGACUUGAUCUGAAAAGUGCACAACAGAAACUCAAAUUCCAUUCACACAUACUCACUGCCUCUUAGAUUAUGUGAUGAUAGAACGCAGUAUUAACCUACCAAGAAUCAUUACAUUGGCAUGACAAUAGUACUGUGAAUUAUUAUUUUUAAAAAUUAGAAGCUUUCUGGUGCCAACGUACCUGCAGUCAUCCUAACGUUUGGCAUUUCAAAAGUUGCACUCGGGAGGGGAAACAAAAAAUAAUGCCAGACUCGUGCGGGUUUGAAGUGUUUUACAGUGUGAUGAACCACAUGAAAUAAGAUGGUUAAACCACUGGGGCUAAUAUAUGGAUAGCUCCUAACGGAAAGACAUCAAUCCAUUUGAGCAUUGAGUGGUCCAGGCAGCUCUUACUGUCACUGUGGUUGUUAUUGAUGAACCGUCCAUCUCUGCCAUAACUUCACCUGAAUUUGUAUCUUGUUUUAGAACAAAUGUUCACUUUUUUUCUGAUGUUAAUUUAAAGCUGUUUUGAUGGUAUUUGUUUAAUACUGUACGUGUUUCUACUUUCCCUCCAUAAUUCCUUUUUACAUUGGAAUUUCAGUCAGAGCUGCCAUCAUGAAAAUACAGAUGUAUUUAUUUACAGACCUAUCGUACCAGGCUUGCAAUUUGUCUUCAUGUUCAAAAAGACACUGCAACACAUUUAAAUAUUGCCACUAGUGCAGUACAGUGUUGACAACUGUCCGGAGCAUUUGCAUGUUUGUAUAGGUGUUGUUUUGUGUUAUAUCUGGAUUUGUUUACUUUUAUUAUAUUCUGACAAAUUGGGUCUGAAAUGUAGGCCUAUUAUAACAUUUGGUCGAUUGAAGUUUAUUGUUCAUUUAUUGAAAUGUUCAUUUUGUAAAAGUGUGUUUUAUAUGUUUUCAUUGAUAUUAUUGGAGUACUUUGUAUAGUUAAAAAAAUAUUGACUUUUUAUGUUGGCCAUAUGGUUGCUUCUGGAUCAGUUGUAUUUGUUAUGGAUCUGUAAAAAAAGCAUGAAUGCUUGACAAAUAAA